CCACCACACUCUUAACUCGCACAGCACACACACACACUUAUUUGCCGCUUCUGUUACAACGUCGCCGUCGCUGUCGCUGUGUUUUCAUUUCUUUCCGCCGCAACAGUCGCUGUCAAAACGAAUUCGAACUCGUGAGUGAACGGUUGUGUUGAACGGAAAGAAAUCAAAGAAGCAACAAGAAGCAGAAGCACAAGAAGAAGAGGAAGAAGUUUAAAGAGGAGCAGCCAAGUGUAAUACGCAAAAGCAAAUAAAACUGCAACUUUUUUUGUUUUGUUGUUUUCUCAUCUUAAACUUGUAAAAAGAGUUUGUGUGUGCGUGUCUCUAAACCGGUUGUUAAAUGCGCGCUGCAACUAAAACAAUAAAAUCAACAACAAAAACAACAUUAACAACAACAACAAUUGCAGCAGCUGAGCAACAACGACAGCUUUCCUGAUCCAGGGACAACAAUAACAAAGAGACAGAGACAACGAAAGAAAGAGAGAGUACAAUCUCCAUACUUAACCGCUAAUUUGGCAACAAAAGAAAAAUGGCAUUCUGCAUUGUAAGCCGUUCUCUUUUGCGCACUUCAAGAGAAAUCCUGGAGCGCAACAUGGGCGUAACGGUGGGCGCACUGCAACAACAGCACCAACAACAGCAGCAGCUGUCCCUUUCCACCUUGCCGCAUUCAACGGGCGAUUACAACAAUACUCGACUGUUAAAUUCAAAUUGGCAUUUAAUGUCCGGCCGCACAGGCGUGCUUCAAGCAGUGCGCCAAUAUUCGAAGAAAACGGCGGGAACAGCCACAUUGCGCCGUGAUGAAAGCGACUCGGAUUCGGAUUCGGAUGAUGAAUUUGAGCGACGUCGCCAAAAUGCUAAUGUUAAGCGUAGCGAGCGGGGCGACUCUGAGUUCUGGCGUCGCAAGAUGCGUACACUGCAUCGCAUUAUGGAUGUUAAUCACGACGGUGUCAUCUCAUACGAUGACUUCAAAUUGCUGGCGAAACGUUUCAGCGAUUUGGGACAUUUGUCACCCGAAGUUGCCGCCGAGUUCAGCGAUGUGAUUAAACAGACGUGGGAGGAGCAAUUUGGGGAGAUAACGCCAUAUAAUUUGGUAAAUGCUGAGCAGUUUCUAACCGAUUUGCAUCAUCGACUGAACGAUAAGAAAAUGGCCAAACGCAUUGGACGCUUUCUGCCCUAUUUGUUUAAGGCCGUUGACUUUGAUCAUACCGGCCAUUUGGAUCUCGAACAAUAUAAGCUCUUCUUCCGCUGUCUGGGACUCACCGAGGAGGAUGCUGCUAUUUCAUUCGCUGUGAUAGACAAGAAUGGCGAUGGCCAAUUGUCGCUCAAGGAGUUUGUACAUUUGGGACGUCAAUUCUUUUUAACUGAAGACGAUACCAAAAUAUCGAAAAUGUUCUGGGGACCCUUAAUCGCUGAUCAUUGACGGGUUGCAGUCACUGCUGUAGAUCAAUAUGUUCACGAUGCAAACACUAUUAAGCCAAUGCUACCAAUAACAACAACAACAAACACAACAACAACAACAACAACAACAACAUGGCCAACACGCAAGCAAUACAAGAGCAACAGUUGGCCGUAUCUACAGCAUGUGGCGCCGCAUAAAUCGGGACCAUUUACAAGACAAAUGACCAUUGACAGUAACAACA